AUGUCGCAAAGCGCUAGCGACAACAUGUUUGAGCGUGGGUAUAAAGUGCGCUUCUUGCAGGCUUUUGCCGAUGAACAAAUCGUCAAUCUUGGUCAGACUCCGCAGCCACCGGAAAUCACUGAUCAGGAUGAUCUUCGUGAUGCGUCUGAGGAUGAGCCGUCAGGGCACGGAUCGUCAUUCGAGUACAUCUUUUGGGUUCAAGCUGAGGCACUAAUUAGUGCCUCCGAGACGUUCAAUCAGAUUGCCAUGAGCCUCGCGUCGGCGGCCUCUGGAACGGAUCAAGAGACCCUCACGAGGUUAGGACGGGAGUUUCUGAAGUCAACCAAAGCCCGGUGGCUGAUGAUUCUCGACAACGUGGAUAAGUGGUAUCAUGCCGAACCUUUCGUACCAAUGAAGACUUCUGUAACGAUGGGAAGCAUCCUAAUCACAACCAGACACCAAGGCCUCACGGCGCCUUCUCGUCCUAUUGACUAUUACCGCCAGAACCUUGAGGAGCUUACAGAUAGCGAGGGAAGGGACCUAUUACUUCACGGCAGUGCACUGAGGAAGGACGCCGCCGUCGCGCGGUCAAAAUUCCAUCUUUCCAUAAUACUGACUGCACAAAACGGUGGAAAGCCUCCUGAAGAGGCACAAGCUCUGGCACGUGAGAGUAGAGACGUAAUCUCGAGGCUUCUCGUCUACGACGACAUUCAGGGCGUUAGAGAAGAAGACGCAAGUGCCCUGUUUGAUCAUCUUCAGCCGGUCUUUGGCGGACGCUGGACUGAAACCCGUCUGUUAAAGUACGUCCCUUAG